AUGGAACCUCAAACAUCGAAAUCAUCCGAAGGCCGACGGCGCAGAACGGUCUUCCGCAAACUGCGCCAACUCUGCAAUGAGUUUGACAUGCACGCAGUGGUGGUCUUGACUGACAAUAUGAACCGCCAAUGGAUUUUCAAAACACAUGAUGAUGUACCUGCUAUCGUACAUAAUGGCGGUAAAACUGUCAAUAUCGAGCGGAUGUCAAGCAGUUUGAGGCAAUCGAAGCUCGAUACCCCCCUAACUAUACCAGACCUCCAACGAGAGAUUGGGCGGCUUCGACAGGAGCUUGCAUUUCAUCAGGAAGCGCAUAUAUCUCUGAUGAGGGUAUUCAAUGAUGCGCGUGAGAUAUAUCGUUCAAUACAGGAUGCCCUACAAUCGGCAUCGAAGCAGCAUGAACUGUCAGAUGCUUUUAUUAUAAUGUCUUCUACCACACAAAAGGCCGGAGCAAUAAUUCGCGCAUCCCUGAGUAGUGUAUCCCAAAAACUUGCGGCGUUGGAAGCACAGUUGCUUCUUUCAUACGGCAUUGCUCUAGAUGAUACACACACGAAGGACUAUGCUAUCUUGUGA